GCACACACCAGAACCUAAUUUCACUAGCAUUGCACAAACACCUGCAUCCUCUAACUUUACUGGUACCAGUGAAACGGGUCCCGGUAGAUAUGAGGUGUUUCCCGCGAGGGAGCGUACAGCAAUUGACGAUGGUCAGCAUUCAAACAGGGAUUUACCUCCUUAUUCUGCUGGUAACAGGGGAGGGUCUGCUCCUGGGUGGGGUGUGAACAUGGACAUUGAUCAAAGGGAUGAAGUUCACUCAAGUCAUUCAUCUUCUCCAUCAAAUAUUCCUUAUCACUAUGUAAACCACUCCAUCACACCGGAGAGAAAUGUCUCACGGAGUUUGGUUGAUGUUAAACGAGAAGAGGAACCUCCAUAUUCACUUAUAAAGUCAGAUGCAGAGGGUAUGUCGCAUACCAAUAUAAAACGUGAGGAAGCAUCAUCUGCUCUAGGAUCUUCUUCAAUGAAAAUCCGUGACCUGUUGAAUUGA